AUGUACAGAGGAGGCCCCAGAGGAGGCUACAGCCAGAGAGGCCGCAGGGGCGGCGGCUCUCAGGCCUGGGAUCGCUACGGCGACGGCGCAGGCGGCCCACCGCGAGGGUCUCCCGACGGCUACCACGAGGCGCCUCCGCCGCCUCCACCGCCUCGCACGCUCUACGCGGCCGCGUCUGCAAAUCCUUUCAACAGGCGCAGCAACGCCAACUUCUCGCAGCCCGUCGGGGGCCGACGCAUCGUCCUCGCCGCCCCGCCUGACCGCAACGGAGACUUCCACCCCAGAGAGCGCGGCGGCUUCUCAGGCGCCUCCUUUGGCGACGGCUCCGGUGUACGGACACCCCACUACAGCGGCGCGCGGCGAAACGGCGGCGCUCCGUUCGCGUCUUCGCGGCCUGGGUACUACGACGCCGACGACUUCCCAGGUGCCGGGCGAAACGCUCCACGCGGCGGCAGGGGCAGACCCGAUUACAGUCGGCGCGGCCGCGGCGGCCGGUUCUGCUACACAGACGGCGGGAGAGCAAAUGACGCUAGCGAAGGGGCGAUGCAGGAGGCUCCAGAGACGCCUCUGCCGCCUUCUGCGUAUUGCCGAAAUUUCGCCUUUUCAGGUCAGUGCAAAUUUGGCGCCCGGUGUCGCUACUCGCACAGCCUGCAGUGCGUGGGAUGGGGCCUGGAGGCGCACGGCGAUGCACCCAUCACCUGCUGCGUCGUCAACUCUGCGACGGCGAACGGCGUCCCGGAAGUCUUCACUGGCGGCAAAGAUCGAGUCGUCAGGCGGUGGGGGGUCGUCGUUGCUCAAGCUGGAAACCCCACAGCUCCGAAUCCGGGGCCUUCUCCGAGGGACGAGGCCUCGUUGUGGCUAGAGUUCGAGUGCCUCCAAGAAGUCUCCCUCGAGAGCGAACCACGGUCGAUGCUCUUCACCGAGGGCGUUCUCUUCAUCGGCCUCGAGAGCGGUCUCGUCCUCGCCCUCAUGCCGUCCGGCGAAAUGACGCAGCUCCGGCGGCACACGUCCGCGGUGCAUGCACUGGUCGCGAUUGACGCAGUGCUUGUCUCUGCGGAGUGGGACGGCCGGAUUUGUUUGUGGAAGUUCGAAAACAACGCCUUCGUCCUCGCGAAGGAACUCGAAAUCCCCGGCAAACUCACCUGCCUCAAAGACAUCUCCGUGCCCAGUUCCCCCGCCGACCCCGCCACCGCCGCCCUCGCGCAGCCCGCCGCCGAAGGCCCCGAGAGAAGGUUCCUCUGGGCAGGCGGCACAGGCUUGUCCAUUCUGGACCUCGUCACGAUGAGCGUCGUCUGCACUCUCGACAUCUCCGACAGCGCGUCUUCGCGAGGACACGAUCGUCGGCCAGUGCCGCUAGUUCUCUCCCUCGUCGCGUACGAGAAGAGUAUGCUUGUCGGCAUAAGCACCGGAGUCGUCAAGGCGUACUCCGCUUCAGGCCAAGAACAGUUCCGAUACGACAAGAGCGCCUAUCUGUCGACCAUGGCGGGCGUCAUGUCUCCCGAUGGACCCUUGCUGAUCUUUGGAGGCGCGCGCGGCGCAUUCCACGCUUUAAAGCUUCCACAAUUCGAAGAGACCGGCCAGCUGGCGGCCCACGAAGAAGGAGACGUGAAGGCGGUUCUCUUCCUCUCUUCAGAGUUCUUCGUCACUUGUGGAGAGGACAGCGUCAUUUGCGUGUGGAGAUGGAUCAAACCGCAAACGCCUGCGGCAGGCAGCUAA